AUGAGAACUGUGGAAGGAGCCAGCAUCCAAACCUUCACUCCAUUUUAUUUUCUGGUGGAGCCAGUGGAUACGCUCUCAGUUAGAGGCUCCUCUGUUAUACUAAACUGUUCAGCAUAUUCUGAGCCUUCUCCAAAAAUUGAAUGGAAAAAAGAUGGAACUUUUUUAAACUUAGUAUCAGAUGAUCGACGUCAGCUUCUCCCAGAUGGGUCUUUAUCUAUUAGCAGUGUUGUGCAUUCCAAACAUAAUAAACCCGAUGAAGGUUAUUAUCAGUGUGUGGCCACUGUCGAGAGCCUUGGAACUAUUAUCAGCCGAACAGCCAAGCUCACAGUAGCAGGUCUUCCAAGAUUUACCAGCCAACCAGAACCUUCCUCAGUUUAUGCUGGGAAUAGUGCAAUUCUGAAUUGUGAAGUUAAUGCGGAUUUGGUCCCAUUUGUGAGGUGGGAACAGAACAGACAGCCCCUUCUACUGGAUGAUAGAAUUGUCAAACUUCCGAGUGGAACACUGGUUAUCAGCAACGUGACUGAAGGAGAUGGGGGACUUUAUCGCUGUGUAAUUGAAAGUGGUGGGCCACCAAAGUAUAGUGAUGAAGCUGAAUUGAAGGUUCUUCAAGAUCCCGAGGAGACUUCCAACUUGGUGUUUUUGAAGCAGCCUUCUUCCUUAGUGAGAGUGGUCGGUCAGAGCACAGUGCUGCCAUGUGUUGCUGCUGGGCUUCCCACCCCAGCCAUUAGAUGGGUGAAAAACGAGGAGGCGCUUGACACAGAGAGCUCUGAAAGAUUAGUAUUGCUGGCAGGUGGUAGCCUGGAGAUCAGUGAUGUCACUGAGGAUGAUGCUGGGACUUAUUUUUGUAUAGCUGAAAAUCAAAAUGAGACGAUUGAAGCUCAAGCCGAGCUGAUAGUGCAAGCUCCACCUGAAUUCCUGAAGCAACCUGCUAAUAUAUAUGCUCAUGAAUCUAUGGAUAUUAUAUUCGAAUGUGAAGUGACUGGGAAACCAACUCCAACUGUGAAGUGGGUCAAGAAUGGCGAUAUGGUUAUCCCAAGUGAUUAUUUUAAGAUUGUAAAGGAACAUAAUCUUCAAGUUUUGGGUCUGGUGAAAUCAGAUGAAGGGUUCUAUCAGUGCAUUGCUGAGAAUGAUGUCGGAAAUGCACAAGCUGGAGCCCAACUGAUAAUCCUUGAACAUGCACCAGCCACAACGGGACCAUUGCCUUCAGCUCCUCGGGAUGUGGUGGCUUCCCUGGUCUCUACUCGCUUCAUCAAGUUGACGUGGCGGACACCUGCAUCAGACCCUCACGGAGACAACCUUACCUACUCUGUGCUCUACACCAAGGAAGGAAUUGCCAGGGAACGUGUUGAGAAUACCAGUCGCCCAGGAGAAAUGCAAGUAACCAUUCAAAACCUGAUGCCAGCAACUGUGUACAUCUUUAGAGUUAUGGCUCAAAAUAAGCAUGGCUCCGGAGAGAGUUCAGCUCCGCUACGAGUAGAAACACAGCCUGAGGUUCAGCUCCCUGGCCCAGCACCUAAUAUUCGAGCAUAUGCAACUUCACCUACUUCAAUCACUGUCACAUGGGAAACACCAUUGUCUGGCAAUGGAGAAAUUCAAAAUUACAAAUUGUACUACAUGGAAAAAGGGACUGAUAAAGAACAGGAUGUUGAUGUUUCAAGUCACUCCUAUACCAUUAAUGGGUUGAAAAAGUAUACGGAGUAUAGUUUCCGAGUGGUGGCCUACAAUAAACACGGCCCUGGAGUCUCCACCCAAGAUGUUGCUGUUCAGACACUGUCAGAUGUUCCCAGUGCUGCUCCUCAGAAUCUGUCCUUAGAAGUGAGAAAUUCAAAGAGCAUUAUGAUUCACUGGCAGCCACCUCCUCCAGCCACACAAAAUGGUCAGAUAACCGGCUACAGGAUACGCUACAGAAAGGCCUCCCGAAAGAGUGAUGUCUUUGAAACCUUGGUAACUGGGGCACAGCUGUCUCACCUGGUUGAAGGUCUCGAUCGGGGGACUGAAUAUAAUUUCCGAGUGACUGCUCUAACAAUCAAUGGCACAGGCCCUGCAACUGACUGGCUGUCUGCUGAAACUUUCGAAAGUGACUUAGAUGAAACUCGUGUUCCUGAUGUGCCUAGCUCUCUUCACGUCCGCCCACUUGUCACCAGCAUCGUAGUAAGCUGGACUCCUCCAGAGAAUCAGAACAUCGUUGUCAGAGGUUAUGCCAUUGGUUACGGCAUUGGCAGCCCUCAUGCCCAGACCAUCAAAGUGGACUAUAAACAGCGCUAUUAUACCAUUGAAAAUCUGGAUCCCAGCUCUCACUAUGUGAUAACCUUGAAAGCGUUUAACAACGUGGGUGAAGGCAUCCCCCUGUACGAGAGUGCAGUGACCAGGCCUCACACAGUGCCAGAUCCCACUCCCAUGAUGCCACCAGUGGGAGUUCAGGCUUCCAUUCUGAGUCACGACACCAUACGGAUUACAUGGGCGGACAACUCGCUGCCCAAACACCAGAAAAUUACAGACUCCCGGUACUACACAGUCCGAUGGAAAACCAACAUCCCAGCAAACACCAAGUACAAGAGUGCAAAUGCAACAACUUUGAGUUAUUUGGUGACUGGUCUAAAACCAAAUACGCUCUAUGAAUUCUCUGUAAUGGUGACCAAAGGUCGAAGGUCAAGCACCUGGAGUAUGACAGCUCAUGGGACCACCUUUGAAUUAGUUCCUACUUCUCCACCCAAGGACGUGACAGUUGUGAGUAAAGAAGGAAAGCCCAGGACCAUAAUUGUGAAUUGGCAGCCUCCCUCAGAAGCCAACGGCAAAAUUACAGGUUACAUCAUAUAUUACAGCACGGAUGUGAAUGCAGAGAUACAUGACUGGGUUAUUGAGCCUGUUGUGGGGAACAGGCUGACUCACCAGAUACAAGAGCUAACACUUGACACACCGUACUACUUCAAAAUCCAAGCCCGGAACUCCAAGGGCAUGGGGCCCAUGUCUGAAGCCGUCCAAUUCAGAACACCUAAAGCCUCGGGGUCUGCAGGAAAAGGAAGCCGGCUACCAGACCUAGGACCUGACUACAAACCGCCAAUGAGUGGCAGCAAUAGUCCUCAUGGCAGUCCCACCUCUCCCCUGGACAGUAACAUGCUGCUGGUCAUCAUCGUUUCUGUUGGCGUCAUCACCAUCGUGGUGGUCGUGAUCAUUGCUGUGCUUUGCACCCGGCGUACCACUUCUCACCAAAAAAAGAAGCGAGCAGCCUGCAAGUCCGUGAAUGGUUCUCACAAGUACAAAGGCAAUUCCAAAGAUGUCAAACCCCCAGAUCUCUGGAUCCAUCAUGAGAGACUGGAGCUGAAACCAAUUGAUAAGUCUCCAGACCCAAACCCCAUCAUGACCGAUACUCCCAUUCCUCGCAACUCUCAAGAUAUCACCCCAGUUGACAAUUCCAUGGACAGCAAUAUUCAUCAAAGGCGAAACUCAUACAGAGGGCAUGAAUCAGAGGACAGCAUGUCUACGCUGGCUGGAAGGCGAGGAAUGAGACCAAAAAUGAUGAUGCCUUUUGACUCCCAGCCGCCCCAGCCUGUGAUUAGUGCCCAUCCCAUCCAUUCCCUCGAUAACCCUCACCAUCAUUUCCACUCCAGCAGCCUCGCUUCUCCAGCUCGCAGUCAUCUCUACCACCCGGGCAGCCCAUGGCCCAUUGGCACAUCCAUGUCCCUUUCAGACAGGGCCAAUUCCACAGAAUCGGUUCGAAAUACCCCCAGCACUGAUACCAUGCCAGCCUCCUCAUCACAGACGUGCUGUACUGAUCAUCAGGAUCCUGAAGGUGCUACCAACUCCUCUUACUUGGCCAGCUCCCAAGAGGAAGAUUCAGGCCAGAGCCUCCCCACGGCCCAUGUUCGCCCAUCCCACCCACUGAAGAGCUUCGCUGUGCCAGCAAUCCCACCUCCGGGACCUCCCACCUAUGAUCCUGCAUUGCCAAGCACACCGUUACUAUCCCAGCAAGCUCUGAACCAUCACAUUCACUCAGUGAAGACAGCUUCCAUCGGGACUUUAGGAAGGAGCCGGCCUCCUAUGCCAGUGGUUGUUCCCAGUGCCCCUGAAGUGCAGGAGACCACACGGAUGCUGGAAGACUCCGAGAGUAGCUAUGAACCAGAUGAGCUGACCAAAGAGAUGGCCCACCUGGAAGGACUAAUGAAGGACCUAAAUGCCAUCACGACAGCAUGACGACCUUCACCAGGACAUGACUCCAAACCAGAGUCUAGAAGUCUUGGGACUUAGCCUUGAAAACAAGGAAUUGUACAUUGUACGAGAGGACAGCACUUGAGGACAGAGUGAGCCAGCGGACCAGCCAGCGCCUCCAUGUGGGGCUGGCCCCAGGCAUGGCCACCUGCCUUCUUCUGGUCAGCCUGGAAGAAGCCUUCAUCGAGGCAGCUUCCCUUGGCCUGCUGAGACCCUGCAGGACUGGGCACCAUGGGCCAAAAUUUGUGUCCCGGGAAGAGGCAAGAAGUGCAACUUGCGCUUCACUCUGGUCAGGCCAUGUCUUCGUGCUGUGACUGCAUCAGCUUUAUGGAGUGUAGACAUUGGCAUUUAUGUACAAUUUUAUUUGUGUCUUAUUUUAUUUUAUCUUCACAAACAAAAACACUAUCCAAAACUAAGAAAGUCCAUGGUGUUCUCCACAAGUGGUUAACAUUUGACUGCUUGUUCCGAUUAUGUAAGGAAAGUCAUUGACGGUGUGGGUUGUUCCAGGGGUUGACUUGUUUUAUGGUUUUGUUUUUAUUUUUUAAUUCUGAGUCAUUGCAUCCUCUACCAACUGUUAGUCCAUCACUUUGAGGGGGAGGAAUGUUGCAUUGCUGUUUGUAAGGGUUUUUUUAUUAUUUUUUAUUAUAAUUAUUAAAGGCCUGACUCUCCUCUCAUCACUGUGAGAUUACAGAUCUAUUUGAAUUGAAUGAAAUGUAACAUUGAAAAGA